AUGAAGUCCUUUGCUCUUGCCACCGCCGCUCUUUUCGCCGUCGUCGCGGCCAAGCCAGUUCAGCGCCGUGAUGGCAUCACCGUCACCACGACCGAAUGGGUCACUGAGUAUGAGACUGUCACCGAGAUCGUGGAUGUGAGCACCACCCUCUAUAUCACUCCUGGCCAGUCCGUCCCUACCGAUCUCACCUCCAUCAUCCCUGGGCCUACUGAUGGUCAAUUCUUCGAGACGCCUUCCGCGCCGUCGCCCGCGCCCGCACCCGAGCAGACCUCUGUCGCCGCCCCUCCCCCUUCGUCUGCUCCUCCUCCUCCUGCCGCGCCUACCACUACCGCCGCGCCUGCUCCUCCUCCUCCUCCUCCUGCUUCUUCUUCCUCUGCCCCCCCUCCCCCUCCUGCUGAACCUACCACCACUGCCGCCCCGGCUCCUGCCCCGGCUCCUUCCUCGCCUUCUCCGGCCGCCCCCACCGCUUCCGCUCCGGAGUCUUCACCCGCGGAGGCUAAGCCCAGCGGUGAUGUCAAGUCCGGCCAAAUCACCUGGUACAAUGUUGGCAUGGGUUCUUGUGGUGUCGAUGAUUCCGGUAAGGACAACACAGAAAACAUCGUCGCCCUCUCCCACGAGCUCAUGGGCACCCAAUCCAACAACAACCCCAUGUGUGGCAAGACAAUCACCGUCUACGGCGACAAUGGCAAAACCGCCCAGGCCGUAGUCCACGACAAGUGCAUGGGCUGCGCCGCCAACAACAUUGAUGUCAGCGAAAAGCUCUUCAAGGACAUUUACGGUGACCUCGGCAUUGGCCGUCAGUCGAUUAAAUGGGCCUUCAACAACUAA